UCUGCUCUGCAGGCGGAGCGCUCUCUGACCACAGAGCUGACAGCAGAUAACAUCCUCUCUUCCCUGCUGAUCCUCUCAUUGCAGUGUUUUGGUCUACGUGUCGAGUUGAAGCGCUGAGAAGUUGAACAGGAACUGAUCGGAACCAGAAAACAUCACUUUGAGGGAAACUUUGCGCUCAGACGCUGCUUCUACAGGAACAAGAAGGCAUUUAUAAAGUCUAAGCGAUGAUCCCCAUUCUACCUGAAAUGCUCCUUUAAUGGAUAAAUACUGAAUGCAGGACUUUAGAUCGGCUCUAACUGGACACACCAUCAUCACCAUCAUCAUCGUCAUCUUUCCUCCAUUCAGACCAUGCAGCAGGAGCGCCUGCUCAAAGUGUUGGUGAUCGGAGACCUGGGUGUGGGCAAGACGUCCAUCAUAAAGCGCUACGUCCACCAGGUGUUCUCCCAGCACUACAGGGCCACCAUCGGGGUGGACUUCGCCCUCAAAGUGCUCCACUGGGAUCACAAGACGGUGGUGCGGCUGCAGCUGUGGGACAUCGCUGGACAGGAACGCUAUGGAAAUAUGACCCGUGUGUACUACAGAGAAGCAGUGGGGGCUCUUGUUGUCUUCGACAUGACAAGGUUGUCUACGUUUCAGGCUGUCCUGAAGUGGAAGCGAGAUCUGGACUCAAAAGUCACUCUGAGUAAUGGGAGGCCUGUUCCAACCGUUCUGCUCGCCAACAAGUGCGACCAGCGUCAGCAUGGAUUGUGCCCCAAACUUCCUAAACUAGAGAACUUCUCCCAGGAUCACGGCUUUGUCGGCUGGUUUGAAACAUCUGCAAAGGACGACACCAACAUUGACAACGCCAUCACCUGUUUGGUAAAAGCAAUCAUGGCUGCAGAGGAGGAGAAAUCGUUAAGCGAUGCUGUCCGAUGCGAGUCUGAUGGGGGAGUUAUUGUUCUGCCUCGUUUUGACUACAGCACCAAGGAGAAGGGACUCCAGGGCUGCUCAGGGUGCUCGUCCAUCAAACCCAGACAAGGAGGCGCUGACUGACGGAGCAUCACUGAUUGCUAUUUAAGGAUGAAGUCGUCUUCUAACCUUUGAAACUUUAGAACUGCUUUCUAAUAUGUUUACUACCUGUCUUUUUGACAAACAGGGUUUUUGUUAUUUUUUUAAACACCGAUUUAAGACUGAUUUUAACAGCUGCCAGAGUGUUCACUAUGGAUGGCAAACAGUUUUAAGCCAUAGGAGAAUAAAUUGUUACAAAAAGAUUACUGUGGAAAUCCCAGUCGCAGCUGUAUGAUGCACAAACUUUUGUCUGUUUUAAAACAUUUUCAAAAAAGGCCAUUUCUGAACUGUGCAAGCUCAUUUUCUAGGAAUGCUAACUUGUUUUCUUCAGUCUUUUAAUCUGUUUUUAUAUCUGUGGUCACUUACUAAGUACUUGUUUUGAUGAUGCCUUUUCAAAGAUCUUGUUUUCACUUAGAAAGGUUGUUUUGGAGAUGUUUUGUGUUUACCUGCUGCUUGAAGCAGAUCUGAAUGAUCUGCUUCCUGACCUUCCCCAGCACGGGGCAAGGCUUUAAUAUGGAGCAUUUUAUACCAAGUAAAAUCCAAAGUAAUAUUUAAAUGAAACACCUCAGCGAAACUUACCAAUGUCGCCUAUUUGGCUACUCUGUAUCUUUCAGAAUUAAAUAAGGGUGUAUGUCACUGUUUUUUCCAUCUUGUCCAAUUACAGUGCUAUGCAAAAGCAAUAAGGUUUCUCCCAUUUGGUCAUGUUACAAUAUAAUUUCUUUUGAGGAUUGUAUAGAAGAGGAGUGACAGCGAAAGCCAAAAGUGGUACUUUUCAUGCCACUUUUGCAAAAUGGCACAUGUCAGUUUCACUAAAGGUCCUACAUGGGCGCUGAAUGUUGGAAUCUGGUUAUAUUGAUAAUAUAUUUUGUUGAUAUGAAAAGUUAUUGUUCAUAUAUGUUGUUCUAAAUGU